UCUCCAGAAGAGAAGCAGACGGAAAGAGAGGCUGGACGUCUGCUCAGGAUUUCUACUGCUGGGAGCAGAAGUUGAAGCUUGACAUUCCAGCUGAACGACGGCUGGAAGAUCUCACAGCUGAGGGAUCACUGACGUCUCUGAGCUGCAGGGGGCAGCAGCUCACCAGCAGAACCAGGGCAGACCAGCGUUCACAGGAGCAGGAAACCAGAGGAGGGUUGGUCUUCAAAGCUGCUGAGCAGGACGAGAAACUCUUCAAACACUGGCUGUUGUUGAGAGGAGGAAAUGGCUCAGGGAGGAGCUCAGCUGGAUCCACUAAAGUUCUCUUGUUCCAUCUGUCUGGAUCCCCUGAAGGAUCCGGUGACGGUUCCCUGUGGACACAGCUACUGCAGCAACUGUAUUAAAGGACACUGGGAUGAAGAGCAAAACAAGGGAAUCUACAGCUGUCCUCAGUGCAGGAAGGAGUUCAUGCAGAGACCUGACAUGGAGAUAAACAUUGUGUUAGCAGAGUUAGUGGAGGAUCUGAAGAAGACUGGACUCCAAGCUGCUGCAGCUGAUCUCUGCUCUGCUGGACCUGAAGAUGUGGCCUGUGAUGUUUGCUCUGGGAGGAAGCUGAAAGCCGUCAAGUCCUGUCUGGUCUGUGUGGUCUCUUACUGUGAGGAACACCUCCAAGGUCACUACGAAGCAGCUCCAUUGAAGAAACACCAGCUGGUGGAGCCCUCCAAGAAGCUCCAGGAGAAGAUCUGCUCUCUUCACGAUGAGGUGAAGAAAAUUUUCUGUCGCACUGAUCAGCAGUGUAUCUGUUACCUCUGCACCAUGGAGCAACACAGAGGCCAUGAAACAGUCCCAGCUGCAGCAGAAAGGAGCCAGAAGCAGAAGGAGCUGGAGGGGAGUCGACUAAACAUCCAGCAGAGAAUCCAGGAGCGAGAGAAAGAUGUGAAGCUGCUUCAGCAGCAGAUGGAGGCCAUCAAUGUCUCUGCUGAUGAAGCAGUGGAGCACAGCGAGGAGAGCUUCACCCAGAUGAUCCGUCUCCUCCAGAAAAGAAGCCUUGAGGUGAAGCGGCAGCUCAGAUCCCAGCAGCAAACUGCAGUGAGUGGACUCAAAGAGCUUGAGGAGAAGCUGCAGCAGGAGUUGGCUGAGCUGAAGAGGAAAGACGUCCAGCUGGAGCAGCUGGCACACAUAGAGGAAAACAACCACUUUCUCCACAGCUACACCUCAGUGUCAGCACUCAGUGAGCCCACACACUCCUCCAGCAUUCAGACUGCUCCUCUCAGAUACUUUGAGGAUGUGGCAGCAGCUGUGUCAGAGAGCAGAGACAAACUCCAGGACAUCCUGAGAGAGACUGAAGAGGAGAAGCUACUGUUAAUGCUACAACCACAGCCAGAGAGCAGAGCAGACUUCUUACAAUAUUCACAGCAGAUCACUCUGGAUCCAAACUCUGUGAACAGAAAGCUGAAAUUAUCUGAUGGAGACAGAAAAGUAACUUGUACAGAGGAAGAUCAGCCUUAUUCUGAUCAUCCAGACAGAUUCACUGAAUAUCGUCAGGUUCUGAGCAGAGAGAGUCUGACUGGACGUAGUUACUGGGAGGUGGAGAGGAGAGGAGGAGUUGAUGUCGCAGUCACAUACAAGAACAUCAGCAGAGCAGGGAGGGGAAAUGAAUGUGGAUUUGGAUUUAAUGACAAAUCUUGGGCUUUAGAUUGUGACUCUAACGGUUUUAAUUUUUGGCACAACAACAUCCACACUCCCGUCUCAGGUCCUGAGUCCUCCAGAGUGGGAGUGUACCUGGAUCACAGAGCAGGUAUUCUGUCUUUCUACAGCGUCUCUGAAACCAUGACUCUCCUCCACAGAGUCCAGACCUCCUUCACUCAGCCGCUACACGCUGGAGUUUAUCUCUAUGGUUCUGGAUGCUCAGCAGAGUUUGUGAAACCUGAGUAGAGGACUCCAUCAGAUCUCCUUGUGUGGUUUUCUAAAGGAGCCUCCACAUUUUCUGAGCUGAGACGUUGAUGAGAUUUCUGACAGGAAGAAGAUUGAAACCAACAGAUGGUCGGCCGUCUUCUCAGAGACUUUCUACGUGGACGAAAGGAUGUGAGACAAGUGUGGAGAGACAGAAAGGAGCUGAGUUAGUGGAGAAAAACAUGGCCGCUGCAGCCAUCAGUCCCUCACUGAUUCCUCAAUUGAUGCUUUUCUAAUAGUUGGACUCAUUUUUCAAGCUUCUCAAACAGGAAGUUCUUCUUCAUGGACCACAGGAAGCUGCAGCUUUUCACACUUUGGGGGAUUUGAAGUGGAAAUUAGGAGCUUUCACAUGUUUGGAUUGAUCAGUCUUUCUUUUUACAUGAUUCUUUUCUGACAUUUGAUCCUUCAGAGUGAAGGUUUGUGGAUUUUCUUGAACAGUGAACUGAUUGUUUUGGCUUUUUGGAUCUUCAUCUGUCACCAAGUGGCAGGAAGUUUGAUUCUUUUAGCUGGAAAUGAGUCCAGUCGACAACACACACACACACACACACACACACACACACACACACACACACACACACAGGUUUCUUUUAAAGACAUUAAAUCAGUCAUAAAGUGAAAUGCUACUUUAUUGUCGAUUUGUUUCUUUUUCAAAGGUUUUUGCUUCAAAUGUUGUUUGUGUGACGCCAAGAAAAACCAAGUCAGUCAACAUGGAGCCUUUAAUAAAAUACA